AAGUUUGACAUGUUUGACGCUGUACACAAACAAAAGCAAGCGCGCUGGUUCCGUCCUGCUAAUAAAAAUAGUUUUGCUAGUAAAAAUUGUAAUAUACGCUCGUAACGCUGCUAUAAUGUCUGAUGAAGAGGUUAUCAAACGCCGGCUACAAAUCGAUGGUGAUGGAACCGGCGACGACAGACGCUUGAACGAUUUGCUGAAAACGUUUAUCAAAUGGUGUAAUUCGAACGAUGCUUCAGACAACAGUCAACCAAUAUACGAUCGGCUGCUCGCCCAGCUAGCACAGUGCGAGUUUGACAUGAAAAAGUCCGACUUUUAUGCGACCGUGAUGCAGCAGGAGCUGAAAAACUAUGCCACCAUCUCGGACACGAUAGAGACGGGCAUCGAAACGGCAAAGGCACAGAUCGUACAGAGCAAGCAGAACCUGGUGCUGGCCAAAAAGAUACGCAAGAACCGGAUGGAGUACGACAUGCUGGCGAAAACGAUCAACCAGCAGCCGGAUCGUAAGAAGACGGUGCAGGAGCUGGAAUCGUUGAAGCAGAACCUGGACCAGCUGAAGGAAAACAGGGCCGACCUGGAGCGAAAGCUGGAGACGAAGAAGAAAGACUUCAGCGUGCUCAUGCGCUCCAUCGCCGAGCUGCAGAACAAGCUGGAUCCGACCAUGUCGGCGACGAGUACAAGCGCCUGUGAGGAGGAGGCAAUGGACGUUGCUCCGGUACCGAUCGUGGAAGAGAAGAUGGCGUGCGACGAGCCGCUGGUGCUGGAGGAGGAGGAUGAUGCUGCCAGUUCGGACAAUGACGAGGUGAUCCUAUCUUCGCCUGAAAAACUCACUUAAUAAGAAGUGGGAAGCAAUGUCGGUUGGAGUGUAUUGUCGUGUUGUGGCAUUGUAAGAAAUACAAGAAGUAUGCAGUUUUUGUAAGUAAUUUGUAAACUACAAUUCCA